GCGACGACCAUAGCAACCAUGACCUUCGACGACUGGCUCUGUAAGCGCCUGGACGAGCUCGCGAUCGACGGCGAGGUGUACGGCGAGUACGUGCGUGGGAUCGUCGCCGACGAAGAUACGGACCUCGACGAGCGUUGCCAGACCGCGGUCGACGUCCUCCGCGCUGUCGUCGAGGACGACGCAGGCCUAGCCGGCCUCGAUGCGCAGAUCAAGGCAAAGUGGCUGGAGCAGGAAGACGCGGCAGCGAAGAAGGCCGCGCAGAGCUUGGAGCAGGCCAAACUCGAGCUCGAGGAGAAGAAGAAGGCUGAGCUCAAGCUUGUCGAAGAGAACGAGCGCAAAGAAGCCGAGAAGGCCCAAGCUCGACAGCACAUGACGCGCGAGGAAAUGCUGCAGCGUGAGAAGAUCCUCAAUGAGUACGGCGCGGCCGACUCGUCGUUCCUGGACGAAGACGGCAACGUGAUUGUGCGUGAAACCAAGAAGACCGAGGAGAGUGGCCCCGUCAACACCAACAAGACGCAGGCCAAGGAGCACCAGCAGGCGAUCCGCGACAAGAUGAAGAAGGAGCACGACAGCAAGGUCAAGCGCGAUAAGGAGCUCCUCGAAGCCGACCGUCUCCGCAAGGAAAAGGCCAAGCGACGGACGCAGAAGAAGGAGAAGCAGCGCGGCGCUGGCUAGACGGCGUCGGACCAUUUUGAAUUCGUUUCAUUCUGUCUUCUGCCGUGCCUUGGGCGUACUGUCAAGAAGCGUAUUCCGCAAAACCACCGCCACAUGCAUAGUACCGG